CAUAAAACAAUACAUCAAAACAAGUACUGCAGGUGGGGCAUCUCAGUCACAGUUCGGCGUGACGGAGGAAGUCACGUGUGUGUAUAACUGGAGGAAAUUGUAUCAGUCACUGCUGCUCCCCUCAGUGGAAAAUAUUAGACGGACCGGCACAUUUCCGAACCACAGUAUCGCCCUUAUUAAACUCACAUUAAAUGCACCGCCGAUUCAUUUUCGAUGAUCGGCCAGUAGCUGACAUAGAGACACGAUGCUUUAUCAGAUUAUUAUAAACGUUUACACAAGUACACAGCUAGCAGGUUAGCUGGCGUCUAUUGGGAUAGCCAGUGGACGAAAAACGAGCUGCUUCAUUUCCUCGUUUCUCGGAUCGGGAACAAAUCCAGCGGUGUGGUGUCGGGAAGCUCGUAUGUUUUGGUGAACAUGGAGCUGUUUCAAGCUAAAGAUCAUUAUAUUCUCCAGAGCGGAGAUAACGCGCUGUGGUGCAGCAGGAAGGAUGGAUCUAUGGCCAUGAGACCGGCAACCGACCUGCUGCUAGCAUGGAAUCCUGUCUGUCUGGGCCUUGUAGAAGGUAUUAUUGGAAAAAUACAGCUUCAUGCCGAUCUUCCUCUGGGCCUGAUUCUGAUUCGCCAGAAAGCAUUGGUGGGCCAGUUGCCAGGAGACCAUAAAGUCUACAAGAUCACUAAGAUUGUAGUCAUUCCACUCUCAGAGGAUGAACCACAGGAUCUGGAAUUAGAGCUCUGCAAAAAGCAUCAUUUUGGAAUCGACAAACCAGAGAAAAUCACCCAGUCACCGGAUGAGUCCAAGUUCCUGUUGAAGACCCUGAGUCAGAUCAAAUCUAAUGUUGCUGUUCCCAUCAAGAAAAAGUAUUCCCCUGCCUUUCAGGUCAAAGAGAAUAAAGAGAAGGAACGUCUGGAGAGGCGGUUGCUUGAUGAGCUCUAUAAGAUAUUCAUGGACUCGGAUUCAUUUUACUAUAGUCUGACCUAUGACCUCACCAAUACAGUCCAGCGACAGGGAGAGUUAGGCAAGUCAGAUCAGCCCUUGUGGAAAAAGGUGGAUGAUAGAUUCUUCUGGAACAAGCACAUGAUCAAAGACCUCAUUGACUUGCAGGUUCUUAUAGAUGCCACUCACAAAGAUGUUGAUGUUCUUCUGCUGUUGUCCAACUGUGCAUAUUAUGUGGCCUACUAUGAUGAGGAGGCGGACAAAGUCAACCAGUAUCAGAGACUAAGUUUAGAAGGACUUGAAAAGAUCGAAAUUGGUCCAGAACCGACUCUUUUCGGAAAGCCUAAAUACUGCUGCAUGCGGCUGCACUAUAAGAACGGGGAGAUGAGUGGUUACUUCCAUACGCUGAGGGCUGUCACACGAAAUCCAGAAGAUGAUGGAAAAGACACACUCCAGUGCAUUGCGGAAAUGCUUCGUAUUACAAAGCAAGCUAUGGGGCUUGAUGUCCAGGUUGUUGAGAAGAAACUAGAGAGGAGACACAGCAAACCGCAUGAGGAUAUAAUGGGAAUACAAGGGAAAGCCGUGGACCAAGUCCUUGGGUCUGGUUUGGCUCAAGGCAAAAGUUUCCUUUUGAACAAGUUUUCAACACUAAACCAGAAAGUGAAGCAGACAAAGACUAACGUCAACAUUGGAAACUUCAAGCCCUUGGGGAAACUAGGGACCUUCUCAAAGCCUGAGGUAAAAGUGAACUUCCUCAAGCCAAAUUUGCAUAUGAACCUCUGGAAAUCAGACAGCAGUUUAGAGACUCAUGAUGGCAAUACGGGUUCAGCAGCCCUGAAAGACCUUAAUGACGAACAUUCAGAGGAGAUUUCCUCUGAUUCUGAUUCAUACAACUCUGACGAGCAGCCUUGCUCAGGCUCUCGGGAAAAUGUGGACUAUGUGCUUCCUAGCUGUGGAAUUGUAGCAUCUGCACCACGACUUGGCAGUCGCUCGCAGUCGAUUGGCAGCGUCGAGCUUGCUGUGCCCUCUGCCAUCCGAAUCACAGGCUGUGAUGACAAGACAGCAGAUAGCUUGUCAGUUGGCCCGGAUGGCCAGUCUCCUGGGUCUGCCUCGGUGGCAGAGGAAGCCAUUCUGAUUGACUUCGGGACACCUAUUGAUGCUUACUGCCACCAAUUUGUCCAGGAUGCCAAGAUCAAACCAAUAGAGGUGUUCGAGGAAGUGGCACCAGCACCCAAACCGCAAGCGCCUCAAGCCCCCUCAGCUCCAGACGCAAAGCUGGGGUCUUCUCAUUCCCAACAGCAGCUUCCUCGCCCAUCCCAGCUUGAGGUAGAGUCCUCCAUCCAUGGGGCAAAUCUUCUGACUGUUCAGGCUGCAGGCUCCGCCACAUCAUGCGGGUCACAAAAGAGCCUGGAAGGUGUCACAGGACCCUCCCCUGCAGACAGCAAUGGAAGCCGGGUUGUGUCGCCCUUCGCGAAGAUCAGGAGCUCCAUGGUGCAGGUGGCUAGUUUAACCCAAGCUGGACUUACCCAAGGCAUCAACUUUGCUGUAGCAAAAGUACAGAAAAGCCCAGAACCAGAUGCUGUCAACGAAACCCAAGAGAACGAAUUGCGAGCAAUGUUUACACAGUGCCAGACCAGGAUCAUUCAGAUAUAGCGUGCUUAGUGGAUGUAUUUUUAGCGUUAGAUCGUGACUUCCAGUACAGUAACGGUAGCAUAAGCUCACAAAAGUCAAGCCACACUCCUGGUUUUCCCUCCAGUUAACUGAACCAAAGUUUACAGCCAGUGUUGAGUAGGAAGUAGUACGAUUAACUCGACCAAGUCGAAUCCUAAACAUUUCUAUAUUGCUGGUUUGCAUGUUAAGAAGUAACUCUUAAGUAGAUUACGACAGGCAAGUUUUAUUGCAUGUCGAGACCCAAGACCUAGAUAUGUCAUGUGACCCCAUUUGUGCAGUGAAAUUCACUGGCUGUCGUAGCUGUAACUAAAACCUUUCCCAAUUGGAAUAUCUAUCAGUGGGCGGCUUAAUAUUUCACGUUAGACAACCAGACCGUACAGUUAUAUGAAUAUCUUUGAUGUGGUGUUUGUCAUAAAACUAUACCAAAAUAGGACCAGAGUAGUUGUGUAAGAUCUAUGGUCAAAUUAUAUUAUUCAACUGUAAAAAGUAUUGUAAGUACUGUAGCAGUUUCCUUUAGAACUCUCCAAUUAAGAAGUUUAUAGACAGAGAAUUAUAUUUACAUGCUCUUAAGUUUAUAAUCAUAGCUGAUGGAAACAAGACGCCCCUGUUGAUCCAAUCAUGCAACUAAAUUCUGUCAAACAAAACGUUCGUUUCAUAGCAUUAGCAGACAACUCAAACAACUAUUUACUGUCAAGUUUAUUUUGAGCAAGGCUUGUCUUAAAAUUUUACAUCUAUGUCUUAUUUUUCAGUUGUAUGUGAUGGGAUAAUGUAACAGUGGUCUGCUGAUAUCUUCAAAUGCUCUGCUUGUACAUUGUUGGAUGUUCAUAUCAUAUGCAGAUAUGACUGGUUUUCGAGUACCUGCAAAAACCUCAAAUUAAUUAUUUGCAGUUGCUGGACCUCCGUAUGCAUAUAUAAUGACACUUGACUGGUAUUUGACACAGGUCUGAUGCAAGAUACCCAUGAUAAUCAACAUUUUGCACUCAUUAAAUGGCAAGAGCAAGCCUUA